AUGGCUGCAGUUACCUUGAGCUUGGUAUCCUCUGCCUUGGUGGAGCCUGGCCUUUCCUACCCUGAAGACGACCUUUGGAUGAGGCAGUUGGAAAGGAGUUUGAAAAGACCGACCAAGACCAUUGCUCCACCACCGAAGGAGCCAGCGCCUUUCUUCAUUGAGGAAGCACUGCCUCCUUCCAUGAAGGUGGCAACACCCCUUGUGGCCAACAAUUUGAAUCCUUUCCUGCCCGUGUGGCUGCCAAGAUCUCCGAUGGCUGGAUGA